AUGAUUUGUCAUUGUGGUCUAUUGGAGUUUCCUGCGGUUGGGGAUAGCCUAUCUUGGCGUGGCUGGCGGGAUAAGAAACCGAUCCGCUGUCGCCUUGAUAGAGCUUUGGCAAAAGAGAAGCUACAUGAUAUCUUUAGCAAUGCGUUCACGGAAUAUUUACCUAUGAUAGCUUCAGAUCAUAAACCGGUACUAGCUUCUCUUGAGGACAAAGUCCGGAGAGGGAAAAGUUGUUUCCGGUUUGAUAGACGGUGGCAUGAUAAAGAAGGGUUAUUUGGUGCUAUCUCAGAAGGUUGGGACUCUGGGAUAGAGACUCCAUCGGGGGAUUUUAUGGACAAGAUUAUAAAUUGUCGCUAG